AUGGCAUCAAACGGCCAGCGAACUGCUCUUGUGACCGGCGCAACUGGACUACUCGGUCGCGAGAUCACAGCUGCAUUUCGGCAGAGCCCCAAGUGGAAUGUCAAAGGCACAGGAUAUUCCCGAGCUGACGGUGUUGACAUCCUCAAAGUCAAUCUCGAGAAUGAAGAUUUGAAUGAGCUCAACACCGUACUUGACGAGACACAACCUCACGUCAUUGUCCAUUCUGCUGCUCAACGAUUUCCGGACCGGGUCGAUAAAGACCCCGAUGGAGCCAGGAGUCUUAAUAUUGCCGCCAGCCGACGGCUUGCUCAGGUAGCAUUAUCUAGGGAUAUCUUGCUCAUAUAUAUCUCCACAGAUUACGUCUUCCCUGGCAUACCAGGAGAUGCCCCUUACGAAGCUGAUGCAACGCCAAAACCAACAAACCUGUAUGGACAGACAAAGUUCGAUGGAGAGCGGGCAAUUCUGGAGGAGGCUGCGAAGGUCGGGAAACCUGGUUCGGCGAUAGUCCUACGCGUCCCUGUUCUGUACGGCCACGCUGAGACCCCCGCCGAGAGUGCUGUCAAUGUCUUGAUGGACUCUGUCUGGAAAGCCCAGACUGAAGGCGCCAACAUUAAGAUGGACCACUGGGCUGUUCGGUAUCCUACUAACACCGAGGAUAUUGGACGUGUAUGUCGAGAUGUAGCAGCGAAGUAUCUCGACGCGAAUGGGCCUGACCAUCGCAAGGCAUUACCAUCCAUCCUGCAAUUCUCUAGUGAGGACAAAAUGACAAAGUACGAGAUUUGUCAAUCAUUUGGACAGAUAAUGGGGCUGGAUACCUCAAACAUCGAGGCAAAUACGCAAGGAAAUGAUCCGAAUGCUGCAGUACAAAGACCUUAUGAUUGUCACCUCAGCACGAAAGCACUCCAAGACUUGGGCAUCGACAUUUCCACGUGCAACUUUGUGGAUUGGUGGCGUCGAGAGAUUCGAGCAUUUAGCAAGUAG